AUGGCGAGCAAGACGAACGUCGAGGAAGUAUGGCACGACUACUGGCUGUACGAUGGGCCUCUGCAUGAUAUAGAAGACGAGCACAGAGUCUCCGACGAGCACGAGUUCCAAUACACGUGCAUCAUCAUGAAUGUCUUGAGGUUAAACAACGCUGCGUCCGUUGGAAAGACCGUGAGAUCCUUGACUGCAUCGGGGCCAUCCGAGAUCUUAGACGCGUACGGAAUGAUCGAUAUUCUCGUCAACGAUAAGCGUCAGUCGAUGAACCCCGACCCGCUGGACAACAAAAGGACGUACCUGUUCAUCUGGUCGACCGGCAUCUGUGUCGUCCACGCGGGGUCCAUCAUGGAUAGCAGAAAGGUCGUCGUUGAUUCCACGGCGUUUCAUUGGGCUCUGGGCGCGAGAAAGUGCAUAAGGUACUACGUGGCAAUGGGCCUCACCGGGCUGAUAGGGGAGAAGACUUUUCUCUACGAUACCGAGCACCCAGACUCCGUUGACAAGCUAGAAGCGGACAUGUUCAUGACGACGUUCUCGUGA